AAAAUCAAAACAGAAAUUGAAAAAACGUGGACAAAAUUACAAGAAUAUAUUUGGUGGGAUAAAUUAAACACCAAAUCUAUUUAAUAAAUGGAAACAUCAAGAUUUUUCGUGGCUAACCUACCGGCCAAUACCAAAGAUAGAGAUUUGCGCAAUCUUUUUCAGGAUUAUGGAGAAAUUAGAAAUAUUGAGUUGAAGACUAAAGAUAAUCUAGUUGAUCCAAAUGAUGUGAAGGUCAUAGCCUUUGUAACACUAAACAUUGGAGCCGACGAUGCCAAUUAUUGUUUAAGGGAUCUUAAUUGGCAAAAGAUUAAUGGCCAGCAAAUCAAGGUAUCACUGGCUAAAGAAUCCUUUUUGGAGCGUCUGAAACGGGAACGCGAAGAGGCCAAGGCGGCAAGCGAUGGAUCACAGACAUUGGUGAGAAAGCCUGAAGGCGAAGAAUCAGAGUUAUUGAGAGUCCCUAAACAGAAUAAGCGUAGAACCUUUGAUAUCGAUGCCGACCUAGAUGAAGAUGAAGUGGCUGCUGAAUUGAUGAUUACCAAAAAACGUGCAGCCAAUUCCUUGCACAAUGGUAAAAUAGUCAUACAAAGUCAAGAUGUGCAGCCCAUUCAUGUCAUUGAAAUAAAAAAGAAGACUAAGAGCCAGCUGGAUGACAAAUCGAUGAGUGCCGAUCAAAAGCGUAAGGAGUCUCUAAAUAAAAUGAAGAACCAAUAUCAGCAGCAGAAAACAGCUAUACAAGAGGCCUUGCAGGGAAUGGAUUCAAACAAGAAAUCGAAAAAAAUCAAAUUUAGUGAUGCAGAAAGUGAUCCAGAAGAGCCGUUACAACAGCAAGCCCACACAAAGAAGUCCCAGACCAAUAUUUUUGGCUCUGAAGAUGAGGAUGGGGACAAUGACAAUAUUCAAUUCAAAGACUUGCCUGUGGGCAGGAAAGGCGAUAAACUUGUACAAAUGCAAGCAAAACAAAGUUUAGAUCCUCGUUUUCGUAUUGAUGCCAAGUUUGUAGAAGACGACGAUGAGGAAGAUGAGGAGGAAGAGGGUCAGCAUGACAAUCAAAUAAAAGGAAAAAAUGACCAAGAAACUGAUGAGAGACAAUGGCAAAUGAAUAUAUUGGAACAAGUAGUGGGCACUAAAUUAGAUACUUUGAAAAGUUCAGACAAAAUACAUAAAAAUAAGAAAAUGUUACGUUAUGACCCCUCAAAAGAGGAACAUCAGAAAUUUGAACGUUCUAAGGAAGAGCAAAACAAACAAAAGAAAUCCAACAAAAAGGUUAAAGAAACGACCACCGACAGUCAAGAUAAUGAAACCCCUAUUGCUACUGAAGUUUCAAAAGAGGUUUUCUAUGUGGUCACCGAUACCCUGCAAGAAUCUCUGCGUUCAAGAGGUGAAGGUUUCAGCUUAUUGAGUAUGUUUGGCAAAAAUGAUCAACUAGAAGAGCGUGAUGAACAACUUAAAAAACUGGGCAAUGAGAAGAUUUUGGUAGGCAACAAAUUAGAAAAGGCAUUGCAUUCCAAUCCGUUUACAUAUGACUCGACUUCUGAGUCAGAGGCAGAGGCACACGAAGAGGAACAAGAAAAUUCCGUAGGAAAUUCCAAUGAAAUUGCAGCAUCAAAGAAAACCAAAAAUAAAUUAAAAAUAGCUGUUGAAUCAUUUUUCAUACCCAAAAAUGAUCAACGCCUCAAAGAUGGUGCCUCCUUCUUUAUUUAUAACAAAUCGGAAGAUGCUGCUGCUGAAAAUUACGAAGAAGUACGAAACCGUUUGAAAAAGAUUAUUAGAACUAAAAUUACAAAAACAAAAAAGAAUUUAGCCAAUGCUGGCUAUAAAAUCAAAAGGAAAGGUACUGCCAUGAAAGGUAGAUGAAUAAAGUAUCAAAGAACAAUAAAACAAAA